AUGGCCGCCUCGAAUAACGACCAGUAUGGCUUCCACGACGAUGCCGGAGACGACCAAUCGGUCCUGUCAACGCGUGGCAUAGAGGCCUUCGGGCGCAAGGUCACCACGACGGCGAGCCAUUUGAUGGGGCCUCUUUCCGAGCCAGGGAACAACAGUCACCACUAUCAUGGCGCCCUGGCCGAAGUCCACAAGCAGCUCCGCCGGCCGACUAUCCAGCGCAGCAUGUUCUCCAUGGCAAAGACGACGCCCACAGACAUGGUUCGCUCCAAGCUGUCCACGACUGAGAUCCAGCAUCGCGCCCUGACCUACUUGCCCGACGAGUUGCUGGCCAACAUCCCCGAGGGCGACAACUCCUACUCUCUUUUCCAGGGCUUCAAGGCGAGCUUCCCCGACCUGACCGAAGAGGGUAGGAAGCAUCGGCGGCGGAUAUCGAGAGGCAGGAAGCUGCUGGAAGACACCGAACACACUCCCGGCACACCACAGGCGCUGCAUAACCUCAAGAAAGACAAGGCUUCGAUGAUGCACGAGCUGGAAAUGCUGGGCGUCCGCAAGAACAUGGCAAGCAGCGAGAUUCGCGACAUUGACAACAAGAUCGCCAAUCUGCAUGGCAUGCGACGCAUCAUCCUAGACAGACUUGCAAAUCUGGAGCAGGAGGAGACGCUAUUGGAACAUGACCUUAUGGACGUCGAAACACGGCUGGAAGAGGCGCAGGACCUCGUUGACGAAGCCGAGUCUAUCGCGAUAAACACACCCACCAAGACCGAGGAAGACCUAGCCGGGGACCAGGACGAAGCUGGAUUCAUGUCACAGUCGGUCUACGAGAAACUGCCAACAGGAGCCGGCUCACCGGCGUCGAAGGCCAAAAAGAGGGUGGUCCGCCGGAAAUCAAUGCCGAUAUUGCACGAGCAUUUUGAGGCUGGCACCGCUAUCAGGGAAAUUCGCGCACACCAGGAUACGAUUACGGCUCUCGAUUUUGACGCACCUUUCGGGACAAUGGUGACUUCGGCUAUGGACGACUCGAUCAGAGUAUGGGAUCUUAAUGCUGGACGAUGCAUCGGUUUGUUAGAUGGGCACACGGCUUCGGUUCGCACACUCCAAGUAGACGACAACUUCCUUGCCACCGGAGGCAUGGAUGCAACGAUCCGCCUCUGGGAUCUGAGCAAGGCGCACUACGACCCACACGGCAGCCAGUACGGAAGGGACGAGGACGAAGAUGGCAUCGCUUUUGAAAACCCCGACGACGGCCCUGUUGAGCCUCCCGAAGGAAGCAUGAGAGAUUGCCACCUCUACACCCUGCAAUCCCACGUCGACGAAAUCACGGCCCUCCACUUCAGGAAUGACACGCUCGUCUCCGGCUCAGCAGACAAGACCCUGCGACAGUGGGAUCUCGAGAAGGGCCGCUGCGUCCAGACUCUGGAUGUCAUGUGGGCGGCGGCACAGGCCUCCGCAUCCCUUGGCAGCGAGAGCUCCUGGAGGCAGACAAACCGAGCGCCCGCGCAGCAGGCUGAUUUCAUCGGGGCUCUCCAAGUGUUUGAGACUGCUCUUGCUUGCGGUACUGCCGACGGCAUGGUACGCUUGUGGGAUUUGCGAAGCGGACAGGUUCAUCGAAGCCUAGUGGGACACACAGGGCCUGUGACGUGUCUGCAAUUCGAUGACGUCCAUCUCGUGACCGGCAGCAUGGACAGAAGUAUUAGAAUUUGGGAUCUCCGUACAGGAUCCAUCUAUGAUGCCUACGCGUAUGACAACGCCAUUACAAGCAUGAUGUUUGACGAGCGAAGAAUCGUAAGCGCCGCUGGUGAGGACGUAGUGAAAGUGUACGAUAAGGUGGAGGGCCGCCAGUGGGACUGCGGCGCGGGUAUCUCUGAGGCCGAAGAGGGCAAGACGCCCGCCAUCGUCGAGCGUGUACGUGUAAAGGACGGCUACCUAGUCGAGGGACGACAGGAUGGCAUUGUAGGAGUAUGGACAUGUUAG